AUGGACAGAUUGGAGCACUGGCUGUAUGGGACAUUGCCCCCUUCUCUACACCGACACCAACCCAUGAAAGUGCUCGCUUUGGGAAUGGGGCGGUCGGGAACCGACUCUCUCAGCAAAGCCCUAUCAACACUGGGAUACAAUCGAGUAUACCAUGGCUUUGACAUGGGGAUGACAGACCCUCCUUCAUGGGAAGCAUGGGUCAAGCUCGCACGGCGCAAAUGGAAAGGAAAUUCCUCAUCAAAAGGUUCUCAAGGGGACAGUGACAUCACCAUCAGCGACCUCGAUUGUAUCCUUGGAGACUGCACUGCCGCGACGGGUUCACCAGUGGCCAUAAUGGCCUUGGAGAUGGUUCAAGCAUACCCCAAUGCGAAGGUCAUUCUGAACAUGCGAGAUUCGGGCAAAUGGGUCCAGAGCGCGAAGAGUACGUUUGGCGUGGUUAACGCGGGAUUCAAAUAUCGUGUUUUGCCGUAUUUCGAUGCCCAGUUGUACUGGAGGAAGCGGUACUAUGAAGAGAUGGUCCAGGCGUACUUUUAUGGCUCGUUGGAAAACAAUGGGAAAUGGGUGUACGAGCAACAUUGUGCCAAGAUCAGAGGCCUUGUCCCCCAGAGCCAGUUGCUGGAAUGGCGUGCAGAGGAUGGCUGGGAGCCCCUGUGCCGGUUUGUUUAUUUCUCUCUUCGUCUGUAUCCGGUGUGGUGUUCGACUAACCGUUUGGCAGAUUCUUGGAAAAGGAUAUUCCAGACCAGGACUUUCCUCGUGGAAAUAAACCAGAGCAAAUGA